AUGGGCCACAGGCCACCCUUGAUGUCAUGGUGUUUCUGUUCCUUGAAGAUGGCAAUGUCACUUUCGGCAAUGAAUCAUUUGCAGGGAACCUUGAAGUUUAAUAUUAAGGUUUGCUGUAGUCAGUGUUGUUACUAUUUUAUUAAUUCAAUAAAUUUAUACCGUAAAUGUUUGAAUUAGUGUUUAAACAUACCUGGCUCCUUUCCAAAAUAAAAUAUAUAUAUUAGAUGCAUGAAUAUGGUGUCAAUAUACAGUAUCUAGAGAAGUAUUUACCCAUCUGAGAACUGCACACUCUCAGAUGUUGAUUGCAGCUCCACUGUACUGUACUGACAGUAGUGCUUGAGGGUAGUUCAGGUAAUUCAGUUACGAUUCUCCCCUCUACUGAGUUGGUAUGACUGGCACCCUGAAUGGAAAAGAGCCGACUGUUCUUACAAGCACAUUUCCUCCAAUCCCGCCCCUUCCCCUUUAAAUUGCCUGCCAUACAGGCCAUUCAUUCUCUUUCCUGCAAUCUUAGCACUUGGCUGUUUGGUUUAUUGAUUAAAAACCUUUAUCCUUUUACAUAGCCCAAAGUAAAAAAACAGUCAAGUCAAGAGACAAUGCAAGAGAAGAAACUCUUACAUUUUGUAAUCAAGUUUUGAGCCGUAUUGUACAAUUUGUUCCCAGACUCUCCAUGCAUGAUGACAAUGUUAAUAUGAUCAAAUGCGCCUUAGAUUUAUAUGUACAGUGGAACUUCGAUAUAAUGAACCUCUAUAUAAUGAAGUCCCUUGUGUACCGAACGAUUUUCUUUACUCUAGUAAUAACAACAUAUAUGAAAAAAGAACCUCAGUAUAACGAAACCUCGGUAUAGCGAACACAGUUUGCCAGUCCCUUGGCUCUGCGUUAUAUCGAGGUUCCACUGUAACCUUUAUACAAACGCUUGUCUAUAAAAUAUACAAAUAAAUUUGGGUAAUACCCUUGAUGGUAUAUGUAUAUACUCUCGAGGGUAACAAAUAAAAAUACUUCUCUUUUCUUUAGAUUAAAGAUUGGGAAUUCUGUGAUCCAGGACUUUCAAACUGCCGAAAAGGCCAAACAAAUGAAGAAGGUGCUUUCAUUGACAUUACACUUGCGGUCAAAAGCAAGGGAACACCCAUAAAAUUGUCCAGAGAAGACCUCGGCAAGGCUAAAAAGAAACCUGUCUGUUACAAGGAUAUGGACUGUCCUGAAACUUAUGACAUGGGUGGAGGUUCAGAGGUGCUGAUUAACAAGGAGGUAAAGUUAGCCUGCUCUCACCAAUGAAAAUAAACAAAACGUAUGAUUCUCGUCGUUGUACGUGCCCUUUGAGUUCAUGAUAUUUCUCCUCACUUCUUUCAGAUUCUCUUAGAUGAGGACCCAGUAGAUAUGCCUGAUCCUUUCCCUAAAUAUGAGACCCAAGGUAGCAAGAAGCUGUUUAUCUUCCGCAUUCCUAGGUUUAACAACACGGUUUUGAUUGACCCUACAGCCAACAUGGAUGGAGUAGCGGGCGAGCCCACCAUUGGUGGAGACGGUGGUGGUAAUGGUGGUGGAGGUAAUGGCGGUGGAGGUAAUGGCGGUGGAGAUGGUGGCGAGAGUACCACGGGUCCACCAAAUGGCAGUGCCCCGAUGUUUUUGUUAAACGUCUUCGCCUCGUUUUUUCCUCUCCUUGCAGCUAUUACCCUAUUUGUUUUCUAA